AUGUCGUUGUCACCGUCGCCUCUGCCGUCGUUGCACUCACUGAUUCUACUUCCUCGCUACAUUGAGGAUUUGUUGAUGGCCUCCAUGUUUCUUUCCAUUGUACUACUUUUAUUCAUUUCCAUUUUAUGUAGAAAACGAUCCGCCAAAUCUGACGUGGAAGAGUUUCCGGAGAAUGUGGACAUUGAAGCACCGAUUUUUCAUUAUGGCGGAGAUGAAGGCGGCGAACAAGAUUGUGCAAUUUGCCUUUGUGAAAUUGAGGAAGGAGAGAAGUGUAGAAAGAUGAAAACGUGUGGUCAUGUGUUUCAUAAAGAUUGCAUUGGCCGGUGGUUUAAGGUGGAUGGUCAUUGUCCAAUUUGUCGGACCUCCGUUUGUGUAGUAGUCGUUGAUCGCGGUGGAAAUGCCAUAACUUCUUCUACAUCUUUAUUGAUCCCCUACAUGAACUGA